AUGCCGUCCGGGCUCCAAAAAAAGUUGAAGAAGUUGCCCGCCUCCAAAUCGAAGAACAUCGCAUACUGCUUCAACUACUUCACCAUACACCAACAUUCGCCCAUCACAAUGGCAAAGAUCAAGAAGAAGGGGCAGGCCGGGGCGGCGAAGAACUUCAUCACACGCACUCAGGCGGUGCGCAAGCUGCAGAUUUCCCUACCUGACUUCCGACGGUUGUGCAUUUUCAAGGGCAUAUAUCCUCGAGAACCACGAAAUCUCAAGAAAGCCAGCAAGUCCGCUUCACAUUCAACAACAUUCUACUACACCAAAGACAUCCGAUAUCUGCUUCACGAGCCCCUCUUAGCCAAAUUCCGCGACCAGAAAGCACUCUCCAAGAAGAUCGCAAAGUCAUUAGGUCGCAAUGAAGUCCAAGACGCAGCACGACUGGAGAAGACACAGAAGCCCAAGAUCAAACUCGACCACAUUGUCCGAGAGAGAUAUCCAACAUUCGUCGACGCACUGCGAGACCUCGACGAUGCGUUGGCGCUCUUAUUCCUCUUCGCUAACCUGCCGUCCACAAGCACCGUACCUCCCAGAGUCAUCGCGCGCUGUCAACGGUUAUGCCACGAAUUCGAGCACUACGUAAUCACCUCUCAUUCGCUACGGAAGUCGUUUCUGUCGAUAAAAGGCAUAUACUACCAAGUCACAAUACAAGGUCAGGACAUCAUGUGGGUGGUGCCAUACCGCUUUGUACAGCAGGCAAGCGCCGAGGUCGACUAUCGGAUAAUGAGCACUUUUGUUGAGUUCUACUGCACUCUCCUGGGAUUUGUCAACUACAGACUGUACACUACAAUAGGCUUGGUCUACCCUCCCAAGUUUGACACCACCAGUGACGACCGAGGAGCCGAAUUAGCUGCUUUCACGUUGCAAGGUCGCAGUAAUGGGAAGGAGAUCGCAAACGAUUCCGACCAGAAGCAGCUAACAAAUGGUCAUACCGAAGACAAUUCUGCAGCACUUCAAGCACAGAUUGAACUGGCUGCGGCCGCACAAGAAGCCGCGCCCACAGAGGAAGAAUCUAUUGCUGAUGAGCCCCAAGAAACUGCGGAGACGGAUGCGAUUGAUAAAUUCGAGGUCGUCGCUCCCCAAGGUGAUGUUCUGGCACAGCCGAGCCUGAGCGGGAAUCAAGCGGCAUCGUUAUUCGCCAACUUGACAGUCUACAUCUCACGUGAAGCACCACGCCAUUCAAUUGAAUUCCUGCUGCGGGCUUUUGGGUGCAAACGAGUCGGAUGGGACGCAGUUCUCGGCGACGGCGCCUUCACACAAGAUGAAACUGAUCCGAGAAUUACACAUCAGAUUGUCGAUCGCCCUGCCUUUGCAGACCCGCUGCCAGCUCAACACAAUGGUGCUACUACGAAUGCUGAGCAGCUCCAGAAAGUGAAGCCUGGGUACAUCAUGCCAGGUCGCAUCUACGUGCAACCACAGUGGGUAUGGGACUGUGUCAACGAAGGCGAGCUACAGAGAACCGAUACCUACGCACCUGGUGCUACUCUGCCUCCCCAUUUAAGUCCAUGGGUGAAGCCGACCAAGGGCCAAUACGACCCACGCGCAACACUCGAGGAGCAGGAAGCCGAAGGUGAAGCAGACGACGACUCCGAGGUCGAAGCCGAGGAUGAGGAAGUCGAGGAGCAGGUUGCUGCAGAACUUGAAGGGGCCGCCAAUAGCGAGGAGGACAGUGAGGUCGACGCAGGCGACAUGGACGUGGCAGCAAGUGAUAACGAAGCCGACUCAGGUGGUGAGGAAGAUGGGUACAACGAUCUGGACGGUUUCGAAGGUUUCGAGGACGAGGCCGAAGAUAUCGACGAUGAGGAGGCCUUGCACCAGAGGGAGUUGGCUGCUGAAGCGGCAGGACUUGCGAUCAAUGCAAAGAAACUCAAUCCGGAGCAGGAGCGCAAGGAGAAAGCAAAGAAGGAGCGCCAAUCGAAGCAGACCAAGGAAGACGAGGAGAUUGAGCGACGGAAGAUGAUGAUGAGUAACAAGAAGCGGAAACUCUUUGAAAAGAUGCAGUUUGGCAACGAGAAGAAAGACGCGGAGGCCGCUGCUUUGCGAAAGAAGAGGAGAAAGCUCGAGAGAAGCCAGUAG